AUGGGGCGAGGGGGCAAGGCAACACGUGCCUAUGUCAUGUCUCCCCAUUUCGUUGCAGGGCUGCAAGCUCAGACUGUCUUAGUCAAUGACACCGUCUCGGGGUUCAUCGGGACGGACGUGGUCCUGCACUGCAGCUUCACCAACCCCCUCCCCAAUGUGAAGAUCACGCAGGUCACCUGGCAAAAGGCCAGCAACGGCUCCAAGCAGAAUGUGGCCAUCUACAACCCUGCCAUGGGAGUCUCCAUCCUCUCUCCCUACAAAGAACGGGUGACGUUCCGGAACCCUUCCUUCAAAGAUGGCACCAUCCAGCUCUCCCGGCUGGAGCUGGAAGAUGAGGGGGUUUAUAUCUGUGAAUUUGCCACCUUCCCAACUGGCAACCGGGAGAGUCAGCUGAACCUCACCGUGCUGGCCAAGCCCACAAACUGGAUGGAGGGCACUAAGCGGCCACUCAUUGCAAAGUCUGGCAGGACAGAAAAGAUCUUGGUGGCCACCUGCACCUCUUCAAAUGGGAAACCACCCAGCACUGUCACUUGGGACACCAAGCUGAAAGGAGAAGCAGAGUUCCAGGAGAUCCGGAACAGCAACGGCACCAUCACGGUGAUCAGCCGGUACCGGCUGGUGCCCAGCAGGGAGGCCCACAGGCAGCAGCUCAUGUGUGUGGUCAACUACCAGCUGGACCGGUUCACUGAGAGCAUCACCCUCAACGUGCAGUAUGAGCCAGAAGUCACCAUUGAGGGCUUUGAUGGCAACUGGUUUCUCAACAGGAAGGAUGUGAAGCUGAUAUGCAAAUCUGAUGCCAACCCCCCAGCUCACACCUAUGAAUGGAAACUGCCAAACGGGACCCUGCCAGGGAGUGUGGAAAUCCAGAACAACACCAUCUACUUCAAGGGGCCUGUCUCCUACAGCGUGGCUGGCACCUACAUCUGUGAGGCCUCCAAUGCUAUUGGAACUCGGUCAGGCUUGGUGGAAGUCAAUGUCACAGAGUUUCCGUGCACCCCGUCUCCAAUCGAUGAUCGCAAAUCCAUGGUGCAGCCGAGCAUCCCCACCCCGGUGAUCGGGGGCAUAGUGGGCGGCGUCUCGCUGGUCCUGCUGGUGCCCCUGGUGCUGUUUGUGGUCCUCCGGCGCCGGCGUCACACCUUCAAGGGUGACUACAGCACCAAGAAGCACGUCUACGGCAACGGGUACAGCAAGGCCGGCAUCCCCCAGCACCACCACCCACCCAUGGCGCAAAACCUCCAGUACCCCGACGACUCGGACGACGAGAAGAAGCCGGGCCCGCUGGGAGGCAGCACCUACGAGGAUGAGGAUGAGGAUGGGGGAGGCGAGCGCAAGCUGGGGGGCCCCAGCAAGUACGAGGAGGACGCCAAGAGGCCUUACUUCACGGUCGACGAAGGGGAGGCCCAUCCCCAACCUUACGACGAGAGGACACUCGGCUUCCAGUACGACCCCGAGCAGCUCGACAUCGCCGAGAACAUGGUCUCGCAGAACGACGGGUCUUUUAACGCCAAAAAGGAGUGGUACGUCUAGCUCGGCACCCCCUCUGCUGCACACACACACACACACACACA